AUAUUUAUUGACAGUGUUACCCAAUAUAUGUUCACUACACGUUGUAGAUAAGUUCGUCAGACUGACUGAUGACGAGGUGUUCGUGUUAUUCUGUUUUCUGUGUUAUGACUCCGGUCCUCCUGACUUCACUGACACAGAGUGGCUGGACAUGCUUAAUAAGAUACGACAGAUAGUGUUCGACAGAUAUAAUAAUCCUGUAACACGUGAGGAAGCACAGCAGACUCUGGACAGACUGAAGUCACGUGAUUACCUUUGGGAAGAUCAGGAUAAGAUAACGAAGGACGCAAAGGACGAGACAAUGUAUAGGAUAGCAUCAAAAAAGAGUUAUAAACCAUUCAUUUACAGUAGUUAUGACACAGCCAGUGUGUACCUGAGAUCACGGAGAUACAACAGAGAACCUGGAGAGAAGUGUGUCCGUAGUUCUGUCUGUGAUGACAUACUGAUACGCCGUCUACAGAUGAACGUACUGACUCACGUCACCAUGGAGGACACGAGAAUAUAUGAUGAGAUACACCGGAUAUUAAAUAUCCCAGAAAAUAAAAUCAAGAGUAAAGAUAAACGAGAAAAAAUUCUAACGGAACUAAGAAGAGAAGGGGAGGCUGUAUAUUACAGAGGAAGAUCACACGUCAGUGUAGAUCACGUGACGUGGCUCUGGAGACACGGGAGACCUGACAUCGUGAGAUCCUGUAUAGGUCUCCAUCCACACUGGGACAUCUACAUCAUCGACAACAAAACCUAUAGAAAACCAAGUAAAAUCUUUGGCUAUCCGCCGGAAGUGAGAUGUCUACUGUAUUGUUUACUUAUAUCUGAUAAAUUUCGGAUUAGUUUCAAUGAUCAAUCCCACAGAAUCAUCAAGGACAAAAUCAGACAGAGGUAUUUCCCUGAUAUUACUGAUGACGGCUCGGUAGAUCUUCCUGAUGGAAUCACAGAAACACGUGACGGUAUGAUAACCUUUAUAUCAGACGACAUCCGACAUGACGUCAUGUACGCCUUUGUUACGGAGUGUCUGGUGGAGGACAGUGAUCUGGAGUUUUUUCUGACCACGGCGUCACGUGAUGUGAUAUAUGAAUACUGCAGACUCUGGGGUUAUAAGAGAAGUAAGGGUGAGAGAUGUCUGUAUGUACCGAACAGACCGGAGAAGAUGUACGACCUCUUCAUAGACAGUCUACAGCUGGACAUCAUCACACACUGUACCGUGUCUGACAGGAGGAUUCAUUACAGGAUCAGUAAACGUUUGGGAGUCCCAGAAGAAAUACUAAAAUGGGACCAGGAGGCCAGAGAGCGGUAUGUGGAGUAUGCUAAGAGAGGAACACAGACAAUCCACCACGCCCGGGGGAUGAUUGUAGGAUGUGCUGGCGCGGGGAAAACCACGCUACUUAAACGUCUUCUCAGAUGUAGUGAAGAAGAGAUCAAGGAAGUAAAAUCUACUGAGGGAUUGGAGGUGCAUGAGGAAAUAUUUCAUAUAUGUGAUCAAACAAAAUCACUAAAAG